AUGUAUUUCUCGGAAAUUCAGGGAUCUAUAGUGACGUAUCGACUGAUCCUGCUGCUGCUGUUGUAUGGCUGUGAGGCCGUGUAUGGACAGCUCUCCUAUUCGGUUUCAGAGGAGGUAAACCCGGGGACGUUUGUGGGAAAUAUCGCCAAGGAUUUAAAUCUAAAUGUACAUGAGCUUGAGUCGCGUACAUUUCAGAUUGUCGCCGGUUCUCAGAAUAAAUAUUUCGAGGUGAAUUUAAAGACAGGAAUUUUGUAUGUGAAUGAGAGAAUUGACCGAGAGGAGCUUUGUCCGAAUUCACUCAAAUGUGUGGUUAGUGUCGAAGCUGUUAUUCAUGAUCCUCUAAGACUUUAUCGCAUAGAAGUUAAUAUUGUGGAUGUUAAUGAUAAUGCUCCUUCUUUUCGACAAAAAUCACAACAAGUGAAUAUUACCGAAAUCACAUUGCCCGGAGCCCGCUUUCCUUUACUAGCGGCGUAUGAUGCGGAUGUAGGGAAAAAUGCUGUAAACACGUAUAAACUGAGUCCGAAUGAGCACUUCUCCCUGGAUUUGCACAAAGGAGAAAGUGUAUCUGCUGAGCUGGUGCUGCAGAAAGCUUUAGACCGAGAGAAACAGCCUGAGAUUCAGCUCCUACUGACUGCUGUGGACGGAGGAAAUCCGCCGAGAUCUGGCACCAUGCAGAUUAUUGUGAAUGUCGUAGACAUUAACGACAACCCUCCAGUAUUCAGUAAUUCCCUGUAUAAAGUUCGGAUCUUUGAAAAUACACCACCAGGAACAUCAAUAUUAACUGUGAAUGCGACGGAUUUAGACGCAGGUUCAAAUGGUGAAAUCGUGUACUCUUUUAGUAAACUUGAGCAAGGCAGUAUCUUAGAUAUGUUCACAAUCGAUUCCCUUACGGGUACAGUUACAGUGAAAGGAUUGAUUGAUUUCGAACAAAAUAAUGCGUUUGAAAUUCGUACUCAAGCUAGCGACAGAGCUCAGUCACCCAUGGCCGCUCACUCUAAACUGUUGAUCGAAGUGAUGGAUGUCAAUGAUAACGCUCCUCAAAUAACAGUGGCGUCUCUCUUAAACGCCGUGAACGAAGACGCAAGGGUCGGCACUGCGAUAGCUCUUGUUUCAGUCCUUGAUAAAGAUGGUGGUAAAAAUGGGAUCAUUAACUGUUACAUCCCGAAUGAAUUUCCUUUUAAAUUGGAAGCUAAUUAUAAGAACUACUAUUCUCUGGUAGUUGACGGGCCGUUGGACAGAGAGACCGCUUCUGAGUAUAAUGUCACCAUCACAGCUACUGAUGAGGGGACUCCGCCUCUCUCCAGCACCAGCGUCAUCACUGUGCAUGUUUCUGAUGUAAAUGACAACGCGCCUCACUUUACAGAGCCCGUUAAUAACGUGUAUGUGAAAGAAAAUAGCCCAGUGGGGUCUAUGAUUCACACUGUAUCCGCUUUUGAUCCUGAUUUAAACGACAAUGCAAAAGUUUCUUAUUCUUUAUUGGAGACGGCAAAAGGCGCGUCUGCGUCAGGCUCAGUCAAAGUUAACUCUGCGAAUGGGGAAAUAUACAGCCUGCAGUCUUUUAACUACGAGGAUACGAAGUCAUUCCAGUUUCAAGUUCAGGCUACAGACUCUGGUGUUCCUCCCCUAAGCAGCAGCGUGACAGUGAACGUUUUUUUCCUGGAUGAAAAUGACAACAGGCCGGCGGUCCUUCCACCUUAUUCUGGCCAGGGCUCCGUUAAUACUGAGAACAUUCCCUAUUCUGCUGAAGCGGGCUACUUUGUGGCCAAGAUCAGGGCUGUAGACGCAGACUCUGGUUACAAUGCGCUGCUUUCUUAUCACAUCACUGAACCCAAGGGAAGCAGCCUCUUCCGAAUCGGAAGCAGCAGCGGGGAAAUAAGGACUAAGAGGCGAAUGAGUGACAAUGACUUGAAGACUCAUCCAUUGGUGAUUUUGAUUUCUGACCACGGAGAACCAUCCCUCUCAGCGUCUGUGUCUAUUGACGUCGUGGUCAUUGAAAGUGCAGAUGAAAUACAGACAUCCUUUAAUCAGUUACCAAAAAAGGAGGACACAUUUUCUGAUUUAAAUCUGUAUUUGCUGAUUGCCAUUAUCUCGAUUUCUGUUAUAUUUAUGUUAAGCCUCAUUAGUUUAAUAGCUGUAAAGUGCCACAGGACUGAUGGCGGGCUGAACAAGUACAGCGCUCCAGUGAUCACCACACACCCUGACGGGAGCUGGUCUUACUCCAAAUCUACUCAGCAGUAUGACGUGUGUUUUAGUUCAGACACACUGAAGAGUGACGUUGUGGUUUUCCCUACGCCGUUUCCGCCUGCUGAUGCGGAGCUCAUCAGUAUUAAUGGAGCGGACACCUUUAAACGGAAUUUAACGCUUCCCAACAGUGAGAAGGUAAGAAUAUGUCUCCUUACUAUUCAUUGCUCAGGAGAGGCGAUCGCACAGGGCUUUGUUACACAUUCGCACGAUAUGACGACUGGGUCGGAGGCCUGA